UACUACCACACACACCCAUCUGUUUUUUCACCUUUUCAGUUAAAAAAAAAAUGAACUAAUUUCAAUAUCAAUGUUGAAGAAGACUUUUGAGAUUAGGUGGCAUAAUGAGCAAAAAAUGGAGCUUCAACACCAGAUUCCCUCUGGUUAAGCUCAUCUUCUCCGAUCCAUCGUUUCUUCCCCAAGCCAAACCCUCACAUUCGAAAUCGAAAUUUAGUCUGAAACUCUAACAACUCCCCCGAAUCGAUCUUACAAUGCCCGUGUCAACUCGGUCCCAGACACCGAAUGGGUUAAAUUUGGAUCACCCACACGAUGCCUUAAAGGGAAAGAUGAAAGCGCUUCUGGCAUUAUACGAGGAACACAAGAAGAAGAGUGUUGCUGCAGUUCCCAAGACCUCUUCUUUGGGGUCCUCGAGAGAAAAAAACGGGAGACGCAUUCUGGUGUUUGUGAGGGUGAGGCCGUUGGCGAGAAAGGAAACGGAAGCGGGUGCACGGUGCUGCGUCAGAAUCGUGGAUCGCCGUGACGUUUACCUAACGGAGUUCGCGGCCGAAAAGGAUUACCUUAGGUUGAAGAGGCUCAGGGGUCGCCACUUCACCUUCGACGCAUCGUUUCCGGAUUCUGCCUCUCAGCAGGAAGUUUAUUCCGCCACAACUUCAGAACUUGUGGAAGCAGUUCUGCAAGGGAGGAAUGGGUCAGUUUUCUGUUAUGGUGCCACCGGAGCCGGAAAGACUUAUACAAUGCUUGGUACAGUGGAGAGCCCAGGUGUGAUGGUGUUGGCAAUUAAAGAUCUGUUUAGUAAAAUCAGAAUUAGAAGUUGUGAUGGAAACCAUGCGGUUCAUUUGUCCUAUCUAGAGGUUUAUAAUGAAACUGUCAGGGAUCUGCUUUCACCUGGAAGACAUCUGGUUCUAAGAGAAGAUAAACAGGGAAUUGUCGCAGCAGGUCUUACACAAUACCGAGCUUAUUCCACUGAUGAAGUCAUGGCAUUGCUUCAACAAGGAAAUCGGAACAGAACCACCGAACCAACUCGUGCAAAUGAAACAUCUUCACGCUCCCAUGCUAUUUUGCAGGUUUUGGUUGAGUACCGAGUUAGAGAUGCUGCAAUGAAUAUUAUUAACAAAAUGGGCAAGCUCUCACUGAUUGAUCUUGCAGGGUCAGAGAGAGCUCUUGCCACAGAUCAAAGAUCAAUUAGAUCUCUUGAGGGUGCCAACAUAAACCGGUCUCUUCUGGCACUGAGUAGUUGCAUUAAUGCUCUCGUUGAAGGCAAGAAACACAUACCAUACCGAAAUUCAAAACUCACUCAACUUCUUAAGGAUUCAUUAGGAGGAUCUUGCAACACUGUCAUGAUUGCAAACAUUAGCCCAAGUAUUCUCUCAUUUGGAGAAAACCAGAAUACUCUUCAUUGGGCUGACAGAGCCAAGGAGAUUCGAACAAAGGGAUAUAAUGCAAAUGAGGAUGCAUUGCCAGUGCCCCAGACAGAAACAGAUCAGGUCAAGCUAGUACAUGACCUGCAAAAGGAGAAUCGUGAAUUGCGAAUGCGGCUAGCGCAACAGCACCAGAAACUUGUGACACUCCAAGCACAGUCAUUAGCUCCCCCAACACCACCUUCAGCUACAUCACUUCUUUCCACUCCUCCAACUUCUGUCCGGCCAAAUGAAAAACGAAGGAGCAGACCCUCUUUCUUAUCUGCAACUCAUUUCACUCCAGAGACUAAGAACAAGGGAGAUGAUGUAGCUGUCAGAAUCAGAACACUUCAACAAAGAGUAAAGGCCUUGGAAGCAGAUCUAGAUAGAGUGAAAAAGGAUCACAGCUUGCAGCUAAAGCAGAAAGAUGAUGUCAUUCGGGAGCUUUCGAAAAAGGGUGGGAAAAAAGUGGCAGCAGCAGGAGCUAUUCUACGGUUAAAGGAGGCCAACACUCAAGAAAUGAAGAGUCCAAGCCAUCGGUUUCAGUCCCCAGUUCCAACGGCAAAGAAACGAAGCUUUUGGGACAUAACCACUGCGAACAGCCCAUCAGUUACCACAUUGAAUGGGAGAAAAACUAGAAGUUAUGUCAUUUCUGAGCUUACUGCACAUCCAUCUAAGCUUAUUCAGCCCGGGUUUGCUCGAAAAAAGGGUGAUAUUUAAAUCUUCUAGUAAGGAGUUAGAAGAGGAAGUUUAAGGACAGAAUCUCAAGUACAGAAGGUCUGCUAUUUUUUUUGAAGACCCUGAUACGUCCUCAAAUUCUUUAAGGAAUAUGAAAGAGAUCAAUGCAGGUCGGUGUGCUCCUUCUCCUUCCAUCUUAUCUCUUCUCGUCUAUUUCAGUCAUAGUAAUUAGGAUAAUACUUUAUGUAGGCCUAGUAGUAUAUCCAAGGUGAUGUUUUUUUACAUGCUCACAUCACAUGCUUCAUUGAAGCUUUUGAAGAAAAGUCCAAAAUCGUUAUUAUAUUUGUACA